UAUCAUUACUCGCAACAGCGACUGCAUCAUUUCGUAUUUAAAAGUUUUGAUUUUUUUUUUUUAUAAAAAUUUAUUUUUACUAAACUGGCUAAUUUAAUUAACCAACGUUUGUUUCGUGUGAUUUUUUUUUAUGAUCAAAAUCGUAUCGAGUUAAUUUGGUAAAUUUGCUAUUGUGAUUGUGUGAUCGGUUCGAGUUGGAAUUUAUUCGCAACCUAGUUCGGUUUUAUAAAGGCUUCGAUCGAGUUCAUUCGCACGUGUUUGAGUGUUUUUUUUUCCUGUGCACGCGCCUUUUUUCCGGCUAUAUUUAGAUUUCGUUACUUAUAUUUGUUGGUGCGGUUUUCACAAGUGAAAUAAUUGUGUAAUUGUGUAUUGUGAUCGUGUUUAUAGUUCGUAUUGGAGAAAUGAAAUAAAUUUCCGAAGAAUGUGUUUGGUCUUUAUAAAAUGACCGCUGAAAAUGAGAAAAACCAGAAUCUACAUUCGACACAGUCGGAAGAUUUAGAAAGUGGACAGAUCAAUCAUAGUCGCAAACAUUCGAGGAGUUCUUCGGCCGGAGUUCUUGGAUUUCUGUUGUUAUGUGUUAAACGUAAUUCAAAUGGAAUAUUUAAAGUGAUCUUGAUACUCAGUUUGGCAUCUUUGAUUUGCGGUUGUGUGUGGUACACGAUGGGGAUAAUUUCGCUGCUUCAAGUCAUCGCCAUAGCUUUCAUAGCGUACUUAUUCGCCGGAGGUGGAUAUAGAUUCCUUUAUGUUGUUUACAAGACUGGACCAAGAGAUAUAAUAGCAUUAAUCAGAUAUUUAAGAUUUUUAUGGUCCGUACGUUCGUAUUCGUCGACCGAUGCCUCGGUGGCUGAUAUAUUUAGAGGGCACGUUAAGAAGAAUCCUAAUAAAGUACUACUAGUCUACGAAGACAGAGAAUGGACUGGAGCUCAAAUCGAAGAAUACAGUAAUAAAGUAGCCAACGCUUUCAAAAAUGCUGGCAUCCGUAAAGGCGACGCUGUCGCUUUGAUGAUGAACAACAAACCAGAAUUCGUUUGCAUUUGGUUAGGUUUAUCAAAAAUCGGAGCUGUGACUGCCCUCAUUAAUCACAAUCUUCGUAAAACGUCUUUGGCACACUGCGUCAACAUCGCUAAUUGUACAGCUUUCAUUUUCGAAUUAGAAUUAUUAGAUUCUGUCAAAGAAAUAAAAGACGAGUUACAAGGAUCAGUGAAACUGUUCUGUUGGACGGCCAACGACGAGAAAAUCCCUUCGAAUGAGACUUGGGCUUCUUCAUUCUCGACAGCCAUUUCGGAAGUUUCACCUACGCCUCCAGUUCUACAAGAAAAGGUCGGAUUCCACGACAAACUCGUGUAUAUUUACACCUCCGGAACUACCGGUUUACCCAAAGCUGCCGUUGUUACGCAUUCUAGGUAUUUAUUUUUAGCUGGUGCUAUUCGAUAUCAGCUGUGUUUUAGUAACGACGAUAGAUUCUAUACGCCUUUACCAUUGUACCAUACCGCCGGAGGGGCCAUGUCUAUCGGUCAAGCUGUGCUUUAUGGCUCGUGUGUCGUAAUACGUAAAAAAUUCUCAGCUUCGGCUUAUUUCCCUGAUAUUGUUAAGUAUAAUUGUACGGUCGCUCAAUAUAUCGGAGAAAUGUGCCGGUAUAUUCUUUCAACGCCUCCGAAACCUGAAGAUAAAGCGCACAAAUUGAAAGUGAUUUUUGGUAAUGGUCUAAGGCCGCAGAUUUGGAAAGAAUUUGUCGAAAGGUUCAAUAUUCCAAGAGUGGGCGAAUUUUACGGCGCUACCGAAGGAAAUGCCAAUAUCGUCAACACGGAUAAUACCGUGGGAGCUAUCGGUUUCGUUUCACAAAUACUUCCAUCCGUGUAUCCUAUUUCAAUUAUCAAAGUAAACCCAGAAACUGGCGAACCUGUUAGAAACAGCAAAGGAUUAUGUAUUCGUUGCCAACCUGGCGAACAAGGUGUUUUUAUUGGUAAAAUUAUUUCAUCGAAUCCAGCUCGAGCAUUUUUGGGCUACGUUAAUAAAAAAGACUCGGAGAAGAAAGUCGUUACCGAUGUAUUUGAAAAAGGAGACUCUGCUUUUCUAUCUGGCGAUAUCGUAGUCAGCGACGAAUUCGGAUAUUUAUACUUCAAAGAUAGAACCGGCGAUACGUUUAGGUGGAAAGGAGAAAAUGUAUCUACAUCCGAGGUUGAAGCUAUUGUUAGCAAUGUUGCCGAAUAUAGAGAUUGCGUUGUUUAUGGUGUCGAGAUUCCUGGUACCGAAGGACGUGCUGGUAUGGCAGCAAUUCUAGAUGAAAAUAAUACUUUAGAUUUAACCACAUUAGUGGAUGGAUUAAAGAAAAAUCUUCCUAGUUACGCUAUUCCUUUGUUCGUGCGUAUUUUGAGCCACGUUGAAAUGACAGGAACGUACAAAAUGAAGAAAAUUGAUUUACAAAAAGAAGGCUUCAAUCCGGAACUGACGACGGAUAAAAUUUACUUUUUGAAUAUAAACAGACAAUUCGAACUCUUAACUCCGGUAACGUACGCGGAUAUCUUAGCAGAAAAAAUACGUUUCUGAAACGCCAAAGUUUGACUGAUGAAUUUUUGAUUUUCUUUCUGUUUUCUCUCUGUAUUCUUAAUCUUUUCAUAUUUUUGUUAUUUCGGAUAAUUUUUUCCAUUGUGAUAUUUGUAAAAUUAAAAAAAAAAAGAUGUAUGUACUCAGAAAUUUUCCAAUAAUGAUGUUUUACGAAUACGUAUAGGGGGAUUCUGUUUGUAUUUUUUUCCUCUGUUCGGUUUUUUGUUUUAAUUUCUCGCUUUUUUUUAUUUUAAUUUUUCUUUUCUGUACUUUUUUUUGUAUUUUAAAAAUUUUUAUCCGAGCAACAUCAAUUAUGUUUAUCGAGCAAAAGUUGCCAAGUGUAUUGAAUUUUUAGUUUUAUUCUUUCGAUGAGAGGAUGAAAAAAAAACAUGAUCAAUACAGACUGACGUUGUGUGUUUUUGUUUACCUAUUUAUGUACGAUUGUGUUGAGUAUUCGGCCCAGAAAGUUGUUUUGUCGAUUAUGUACUUACCUAUUAUGUCUACUAGGAUAAGUGAUGGAUGUUGAAUUUUCUGUAAAAUGUGCUAGACUGAUCAAACUGAGCUUAAUUUCUUUUUUACUGGAUGAUCUUUUUGCUUCCUGAUGUGUGUUUUUUUUUCUAUGUACUGAGAGUUAUUCGAGGCUUUGUGAAUGAGAUCUAUACCAGUAGGUACCUGUGAUUCACCCUAUAAGUGGUGAGGCUGUGAGGCAGAACAGUUUCUUCGAUCGAAUUUUUUAUUCAAAUUCCAUUGUGUACGUAUUUAUUUCGCUUUCGAUGAUGAUAAUAUUGUAUCGUUAACACCUUGUACAUACGUGAUAUUUAUUUUAAUAUUCAACGUGUAUCGAGCACCAUCGAUUUUGAAUUAGAUAAUUUUUUAAAAUGGGAUUUAUGAGGUGUAUUUUUUUUUCUUUUUAAAGUUAGGGUUACACAUUUUAGGUAUUUAAGUUAGGUAUGGUAAGUAUUACGAUAUUUUGUAUCGAGUGAGGAUAUUUUAAGAUACAUGAGAAUGUAGGCAACGAGUCUAUAGAGGCCAUUUUCGUUUAUACUUAUGUAUUAUGUUUAUCUUAGGUACGUAUUGAUUACGUAGAAAUUUCAACGACAACGAAUGGUUCAAUUUUUUUGAAUAAUUUCAAUGAUGUUACUUUAAGUAUACCUAGAUGGAUAGAUAUGUUUGUUAUCCAUCAGAAAAUGUGCGCACUCACACAUCUACAUCCGAUCUAUUUGUACAUAAUAUGUAUGUAAUCUUCGUUUGUGAACCUGCAUAUACCUUUACCUACCUUAAUACCUACAAGUAUUUAUAUUUUAGCAUUAUUACCAUUAAUGAAUCUUACCAUUUUACUUUACUAUACGAACAACCAGUAUACGAAGGUAUAAAGGUGUACCCAAUUCUGACAUAAUGUCACUGUCGAUUAUUAUUAUUAUUAUUGUUACGUUUAUUCAUCGUUAUAUGUACCUAUUCGUCUUUAUUGUACAGUCGUAUGUUGGUGUGUUUCGCUUUCGUUUCCAUUCGAACGAAUUUGUUACGAAUAAUUUGUGCAUGUAUUUAUUUAAAGAAAAGAAAAAGGUAUUUGUUCUGUUUCGAA